AUGACUUUCUACAUCACAGAGCAAGAGAACAUUCAGGCCCGCGGGAAAAACAAAGAGUGGAGCAGGGUGGUGUCUCCUGUCCUAGACGUGAUUGACUGGAAGACCUUCCAGUAUUACCCCUCCGAGGACCAGCAGCGAGGAGUGUUGGACUGGAAGCUGGAUUUCCACUGGGAGCCUUUGCCGGAGCGCGAGAGGAGGGCCCUUGCCUCCCCUGUCAGUCCCAUCAGGAGCCCCGUGGUACCUGGCGGGGUGGUGGCCAUGGACCGACAUUACUUUCAAAACACCGGAGCAUAUGACCCUCUCCUGUCACUGCAGGGAGACGAAAACCUCGAGCUGUCUCUCAAGACCUGGCUCUGUGGGGGCUCCGUGGAAAUCCUGCCCUGCUCCCGCGUGGGGCACCUCUACCGAAAUGAAGAUGCCCACUCCCAGCGUGAGUGGGAGGCCACCCUGCAGAACAAGGUCCGCAUCGCUGAGACCUGGCUGGGCUCCUUCAAAGAAACCUUCUACAGGCACAGUCCAGAGGCCUUGUCCCUGAGCAAGGCUGGGAAGCCGGACUGCAUGGAGCGUCAGCAGCUGCAGAAGAGGCUGGGCUGCCGGACCUUCCACUGGUUUCUGGCCAACGUCUACCCCGAGCUGUACGCACUGGAACGCAGGCCCAGGUUCUCCGGAAAGCUCCACAACACGGGACUGGGCCUCUGCGCCGACUGCGCGGUGGAAGGGGCCGCCCCGGGCUGCGCCGUGGUGCUGGCCCCUUGCAGCGACGCUCAGCAGCAGCAGCGCCUGGAGCACACGGGCUGGCGUGCCAUCCGCUCCGGCGGCCCACGGCACCUGUGCUUUGACGUCAAGGGGGAGCAGGUGAUUCUCCAGAACUGCACCGAGGGGGCCCAGCAGCACUGGGACCAUCAGGAGAAUGGGAUGAUUGUUCACAUUCUCUCUGGGAAAUGCAUGGAAGCUGUGGCGCAGGAAAACAAUAAAGAUCUGUACUUGCGUGAGUGUGAUGGAAAAGCCAGCCAGCUGUGGCGAUUUGACAACGUCAGCACCGCGGAUGAGCGGUGAACGCCACCCUCAGAAGGAACACAGAUGCAUGGCCACCGCAGUUCAGCCCCAGGGAACUGCAGCAGCAUGUGCCUUUCAUGAAGCAGGCCCUUUACACGUGUGCAGUGGCAAAAGCAGAGAUGCGAGCUCCAUGAACGAAUACGGAAGGUCUUUUCUUCCUGCCCUUUAUUUCACAGCCCACUGUCUGUUUUAGACAAAAACUAUGGACCCAUUGUCUCAUUGUCUUCAUCACUGGUAGAUGAUCAUAGCAUGGUACAGAAGAUUCUUGUUUUUUUUUCCCCCCUACUGAGCAGUUUACAAUUUCUUUUAUCUCUGAGUAAGGAAAGAAGGGUCUUCUCUGGUGGCUCAGCAGUAAAGGACCCACCUGCCAGUGCAGGAGAAGCGGGUUCUAUCCCUGGGUUGGGAUGAUCCCCUGGAGAAGGAAAUAGCAACCCACUCCAGUAUUCUUGCCUGGAAAAUUCCAUGGACAGGGGAGCCUGGCAGGCUGUAGUCCAUGGGGUCAUAAAGAGUUGGACACAACUCAGCAACUAAACACCAACAACACAGGAAAGAGGCCUGACAACAUCUUCAGAAUACAUAAUUCCUACUGAUCAAUUUAUUCUAGACUGCCUUUCCCUGGACUGUCUGUGUUGACAACCAUACAAUUAAAGUGUGAAGAAGGUGCAAAGUUCGGACGUCCAAGAACUUUAGAAUGAGCUUACGAGACAAAUUUCAUUGUUCAUUGGUUGAACCAUAGCUCAGAUGAAGGAAGUAAGCUACUCAGAGAAAAUAGUAUUACAGAGACUUUUGCCCAAUUUUCAGCUCAGCCUAGCAGCUGCAAAGAGUCAGUAGACCUGGAAUAAGAUGUUUUUAUGUUAAUGAGAAUUUUCUUGGGACUUUCUACCUCCAUUCACCCUUGCCCUCACUGUUCUAUAGCUUGAUUAACCAUAAUCAGAUUCUCAUGCAAUACGCUUCUCUAAGGUCAUUGGUGUUGGGUCAGCUUAGACUGAAUGCUCCCACUAAAAGGAAGUGUGUACAGGUGAGAAACUCCUGAUGUCCUGUUACCAGGCUUGCGUUGAUUGGAUCAGAACAAGCAGCUUUUGCAAAGAGGCAAAUCUCCCUGGGAGGGAAAUGCCAGCAUCUGAGUCAAAAUUCCUUUGAGAGGAACUAGAGUGGGGUGUUGAUGUCCAUGAGGCUGAAAGGGCUGGGUCUGAGCCCCCAGGAAAUGUCUGGUUACCCCCAAAGGGACCCACAUCUGAACAUUCAGCUGCAGGAAGAACACAGCUCCGUCAGGGCAGAGUCCAUGCUGGUGAAAGCCGGAUGGCUCUGUUGCUGUGACUUGGCCCAUCUAGAUGGGACUUAAGGGUUGUUGAGUGGGGCUGGUUCUGCGAUUAAGAAGAGGUGGUGCCCAUUUCUCUUCCAGAUGGAGUUCCCUCUUCACACUGUCAGCUUAUAAAUCUCCCCUCAAAGAUGCUGAUCUCCUCUGAGCUGUCUCGGGAUACAGUGUGUUUCAGAUAACAAACACUUAGCAGGAAGUGAGGGUUUCCAAAAAGUAUCCCUCAUAACUAUGCAUCUCUUCUCUACCUGUUGAGGUUAAUGGCACAGCGUAUUUGUCCUUCCUCAGAAUACACUCUAGACCUGGGCAAGAGCCACUGGCCACCUGUGGCUAUAUCUAAACACAAAUUCAUUAAAAUUAAAGAAAACUUAGGCUCAGUUCCUCAGUGGUACUGGCCACAUUUCAAGUACUCAAGAGCCACUGUGUUGGACAGCACAGAUAAUAGCACCUUCCAUCAUGAAAACAGGCCUAUUGGAUAGCACUGAUCUAGACAGAUUCAUCAUCCCAUGGAAAGAAGAGAUUCAGCCACCAUCAUCUUCUUUCAGACUUGUUUGUGUGUUCAACACAAAUUCUCCUAAUAUCUUGAGGCUGAGAUAGAGCUAAAAAUUCUCAGAUGACAACCUUGGGAAGAGUGUUAAUAGUUAAAAAAAAAAUAAAAGCUAAACUAGACUUCUGUUUUACCAAUGAACAUUGGUAUUGGCAUUGUUUGGUAUUUAAAGUUGCUGGAAUAAAUUAAUAUAAUUAAAUGAAAGGCUGAAUUGAAUCGUA